AUGCGCGGUAAUGCAAAAGCAUGGCCCCAUCUGAGCGCCGUCCGUGGUGGUUGCGGUGCUUUGGACUUUGCAGAAAGGGAGGGCAUGUGUAGGAGUGUGGUGAGCAAUGAGGGAUGGGAUGCAUGCAUGGGCACCAACGGCCAAGCGAGUUUGAUCCGACUUCUAUUCCUGGCGUGGCUUGCAGUCAACCUUAAUCCGCCCAUCCCUGCCCCACCGCCGUCUGCGCAUCGCCAGAAAGCCACCCCCAAGCAAGCCGGCCGCUGCUCAGGCACAGCACCGCGACCUCUCCCACGGCGAGCGAGCGAGAAUGCGCGGCCAAAGGGAGCCGUGUCUGUCCCACGCUGGCGCUUUUGUGGUCGAGAAUGCCAUCCAUGGACGCUCCUGCGGCAUGAGGACCGCGCCUUCUCCUCCGCUGCUGCUCCAUCGCGCCUGCCUCGGUCGCGUCGCAGCUGCUCUGUUGGUAACUUUGUAACUAUACGCAGCCGCCGCUUCGGGAAACAAGCAACGACUCCCCGUCCUGGAGCGAGAUGAGGCUGACAGCCCACGGCCCCGGAGAUUGAACCGAUGGAUGGACCCUUUCACUGCUCGUGUACCCUUUGCAAACGCCGCAUUACCAUGACUGCCCGUCGCCAGCCAACGACUAGGCUCCCAUGGUGGACAGCAGCUGGAGCUGGGCUGUUGUUGCCAGCUGCCUACAGCGCGUCCAACAAGAACCACGACGCUCCCUUGCGCGCACUGCUCGGGCGACUACCCCCUCCCCUCAGCAGCAGAAGACGUCGGUGUGUGGCCUGUAUAGGUAUUCUUAGAAAGCUGAUGCCGUAUCACUCAACCCUCUUGUCCCGAACAGGACCGCUGGCGGUCUGUUGUGGCUGUGUGUCAGCCGCCCCGUCACUAGAAGCAGAGCAUUAGCACCCUCAGCGCUGCCGCCAAACCCGCC